GUGGAGGAACUGUUCAUGUCAAAAAAAAAGUAGUACAACAUUUAUAUUUUGGUUAUGAUUAAUGAUAUGUUUGUAAAUAUGACAAUGCGUAUGGGAAGAUGUGUCCAGAUGACACGGUGUUGUGGGCCAGAGGGAGGAACGCAGACACGGCCCAGAAACGAGGUGAAUCAGUUGACAUGUGGGGAUGAGAUGGUGCCUUCAAUGUCCAGUGAAGGAGACGCUCCUCAGGCCAUCGAUGAACAUAUAUGGGGUUGUUUGCAUAUGAAUCACAAAUUACACCUUUGGUGCUCAUUCUCAGUGCGGCCUCUUUUCAGGCGUGUGUGUGUGUGUGAGGAGUGGAGCAUGUCGGAGCUCAGUGAUGACGCCAGUGAGUCGGAGCAGCUGGGCGCCAGCCUCUCGCUGUGGCUGGGCGACUCCCUGCUGCGACUCGAGGAGCUGGACGUUCCUCUGGACCUCCACACCGCCUGCUCCAUCGGCCAGUAUGACGUGGUGGCCGAGUGCAUCAAGAAACGGGAGGUGGACCUGAACGGCAAGAACGUGGGCGGCUGGACCCCACUGAUGUAUGCGUCUUACAUCGGCCAUGACAACAUCGCAAACCUCCUGCUGGAGGCCGGCGUGAGCGUCAACGCCACCACCGCCAAAGGGUUGAGCCCCUUGAUGCUGGCGGCGAGCUGCGGGAACGAAAGCAUCGCGUACUUCCUGCUUCAGCAAGGCGCUGAGCUGGAGCUGAAGGACUCUCGAGGCUGGACCGCUCUGUUCCACUGCACCAGCACCGGCCACCAGCAGAUGGUCCGCUUCCUGCUGGAUAACAACGCCGACGCCAACGUCAAGGAGCCGUCCUCUGGCUUCACCACCCUGAUGGAGGCGGCUGCUUCUGGACAUGAAAUCAUCGUUCAGUACCUCCUGGAUCACAAAGUUAAAGUGGACGAGCGUAACGGUAAAGGAGAGACGGCCCGCGCCCUCGCCAUGCUCUACGGCUACACCAAGAUCGCCAGCCUCAUGGACUUGCAUUCUCCACGGAUCAAAGCAGGACACUUUGAGGACCCGAGCUCCUCCGAGGACUCGGACAGCGCGCCGCCGCGGGCGAGGCCGAGUCGAAACCGAGCUAAAGGCGUUAGCAUCCAUGACGGGCCCCAGGCCAUCGCCAAGUUCCGAGUCGGAGGCACCAGCAAACUCUGUGUUCUUUCCUCCCCAGAGCCUCCUGCAGCGCCGCCUAGCUCCGCGGCGCUUCGUGAUAUCGGUGAACAGCGCGAGGCGAUCCGCAACCGAGACGUGACCUCGCCCAUCAACGAGCUGGACGGCCAGAGCAACAGCAGCAGAGAUGACAGUCCAUUCUUUGAGAAUGACAUGCCCACCAUGAGGAGCAGCAGCAGCAGCAGCGAAGGCCUGCCCCACGUUAUCGGCCUCAAGUGGGAGGGCUCGGUGGAGAGCAACGAGGACUCGGACCAGAGCAAGAAGAGCAGCUCCCGCCGCGUGAAUAAGGGCCACCACUCGAAAGGCAAGAAUCGCCACGGGAGCAGCGAUGCGACGCACUCGAGCGGCACUGGGAACUGUGGGAUGCGCUCGCAUGUUGGUCUUCCCCCUUCCUACGCUGGUCCCAAGGAUCUGGCCGAGUUCUUGGAACAAAUCGGCUUUUCUAAGUAUCUCCCGGUUCUUGAGGAGCAAGACAUUGACCUGCGGAUAUUUCUCACCUUGACUGAAAAUGAUCUCAAAGAAAUCGGGAUCACGUUGUUUGGACCCAAGCGGAAGAUGACCUCGGCGAUAGCGAGAUGGCACAGCAGCGCGCGGCCACCCAGCAACGCUCUGGAGCAGGCCUAUGCCGACCAGCUGGAGGCGGAGAUGCAGGAGAUGGCCAUCCAGCUGCACAAACACUGCGAGGAGGCGGAGAGCCUGCAGAGCCAAGUGUCUCAGGAGAAGGAGCUGCGCACCGUGAUGGAGGGAUGUCUGAUGGAGGACAAGGUGGCAUGGAGGAGGGUCCGAGCCGAGCUGGUGGAGAACCACCGGCUCGCUCAGGAGAUGAGCGCCACGCUGGCCGAGUCCAGGGCCCGCAGCGCCGGCCUGCUCUCCUGGGCCGCCGCCGAGGGGAGGAGCCGCUCGCACGCAGGGGAGGAGCCAACAGCUGCAGAGAGCUCCACGCGCUGCAGCGCUGCGGCGCUCCUGGAGCAGCUGGCUUCCUUUGAGGAGGAGCUGGCGGGGACCCUGGAGACCGUGCUGCACAGCCUGAGGCGACUGAGUGCCUCCGAGAAAGUAUCCGACAGCUGGGAACAGCCGUAACUUACAGGAGGCUUCUUGCCCAUAUUUGACGGAGGGUGAUCUCUCACCACCCUGAACGACCUCACUGACACGAGAGAAGGCCAAAGACGAGGCCGGCCCUGCUGGACCGGAGCGGCUCGGGGAGCCAACCGGCUGACUGCUGCUCCCGGAUUGGCUGAUGGACCAGAGCUCGCCAGAUGUGGACCAGGCAACGGGUUGCGGCAGUGAAACGACCAACAGGCAGGAAGGGAACCUCACUCGCUUGAACCGGUUGAAGCUGGACUCCAGAGGAGCCGGACCGGUCGCAGGUCAGAGGCUGCAAGACUGUGAACUUCACUCUCUCCCAACAUGAAAUGUGGUUUGAUGUUCGUGCCACAAGCGGAAGAGUCGUAGUCAUCGUUAUUUGAAUGAAAUCUGAUUUGUAUGCUGUUUGUAAUGUCCUGCUGCCUGCAGUGAGGAGAGAUGUGUGACCUGUCAGUGCAUCAUGUACAUCUAUACAUUCUGUUCCAAUAGAUUCAUCAGGGGUGCAAGAAGAGUCGAUCAAUCAGAUUUACUUUGUAGAUCCGUCUUACCACCAAAUUCUCCCAUAUCUUUAAAAUGCCAGAUGGUCGUGUUGCAUUAAAACCUCGAGGUGGACACACUUUGUUUUAAGCUAAAUUAUCUUUAUAUUUCAAUGUUUCUCAACAUAAUCCGAUUUCGGAGCAGCACAUCUUUGUAUUAUGACAACUGUUUAUUUUUGUGUGACCAAAACACUAAAUUCAUGACAGUUUGAAGAGAAUAUUUGCAAAUGUAUUGGAGUUCCAGUAUUUCUGCCAGCGACGCGAGUGAAAUGAUGAGUGGUUGUUCACACAUUGUGGACAAAAUGAUCCAAACAGAUAGAAAAACAAGAGCAGCCUUUUGGGAGAGAUUCCAUGAUCAGUUGUAUUAAGAUUUCUGAGGUCAAGCAACCGUUAAAUGUCCGGUCGUCUAAAGAGCAGGAAAACACAAACAUACAUUUUCUAGUUUGAGUUUGUUAACUCGGACGUCACGGCUCCCCCCCCCCCCCCAUGAUCAGAGGAGUUAAUGGGAAGCUUAAUGAAGAAGAUGAAGAGUCUGACGACAACAGGACCAACGUGUCGCUGAGCAGCAUCCAGAAUGUAAAUGAGCCAAAUGAACAGUCAGGGUUAUGACAGACGGAUACAAUAUUCUCCAUCUUUGUUUUACGAGUCAAAAUAGUUAUAAAAUACUGGGAUGUGACGGAUUCUGACAUUUUCUGUUAAAUGUGGACAAAGAAGACGUCAGGUUCAAGUGUAUUGCUUUAAUGUAUUGUCUGAGUAGAGCCAUUCUCAUAUAAAUUAUUUAAACAUUA